AUGUCCGACGCGCUCCUCGCGAACGGCGUGAACAACAUCAACGGCAUCUCAUCCCCUGAAUCGGUCGCCGUCGACUCGCCGGCUACGCCCAUUGACAAUUCCACCACCACUGACAUCAAAAUCGAUGUUGAAUACACUGAACGUGAAUCUGACGUGCGACAUGAGCCAGUGGCCAUGAAGUUAGACGUGAAGUCAGACACACCGGUCGAGGACGCGUCUGUACUUCCCCAGGUUGGCACACCUGUGGAUCCAGGUGAGCUCUUGUGCGAGAUAUCUCAUCGUUCAUCAGACACCAUUCCUAUCGAGCCCCCGAAGGGUACACCACCUCCCCCAAAUGGUCAGCUCCUAGAGGACGUCCGGAUGGCCGAGGAAGCAUCGUCGAACACGGAAGGCGACGUGCAGAUGGCGGACGGCGAGGCGCAGUCUCCGCUGCCCAACGGACUUUCUAACGGACACACAGCCGAGUCUCCUGCCCGGCCGCCCCUUCCUACUUCUGUACCCGCUGUAUCGUCGGCCGAGACCGCUGUCGACUCGCUUGCUCCUGCUCCCUCUCCGUACCCUAAUAAUACAACUAGUGAACACGAUGAUCAUGAUAAGCCUCCUCCCGCUAAGCGAGCUAGGAAGUUGUCGGACGCUGAGAAAGCAUCGGUCGCCAACACUGGUACUCCACCUCCAGCAUCAGUCUCCCCCGAGCCGCAACCUGUUGCUGAAUCUCAGGUUGCCCAGCAGAUGCUCAGCGUUCCACAAUGGCGCUUUGGCACGUCCACUAUCCGCACCUUGAAAAAGCUCAAGGAUGCUGGUCCAUUCCUUGCGCCGGUCGAUCCUGUCGCGCUGAACAUUCCUCAUUACCCUUCCAUCGUCAAGCAUCCUAUGGAUUUCUCGACUGUCGAACGCAAGAUGGCGGCGUCGAACCCAUCCAAGCCCGACCCUAACCCCUUGAAUCCGCGCUAUCAUACCGCUAAUGAGUUCAUCACGGAUGUCCGUCUCAUUUUCGGCAACUGCGCGCUGUUCAACGGCCCUGAUCAUCCAAUCACUGCUAUGGGCAAACGCGUAGAGGCGGUGUUCGAUAAGCAGAUCAAACAGAUGCCACCCCCUGAGGAGCCGAAACCGGUUGUGAAGAAGGCCGCAACGCCGCCUCCACCGCCACCGCCACCGAAGAAGACUCCUGUUAGACGACCGUCAACGUCUGUCCCGGUGAUACGGCGCACAGAGGAUAGCACUGCUGGUGGGCGGCCAAAGCGGGAAAUCCAUCCUCCCCCGCCCAAGGACCUUCCCUACACUGACAUCCCAAAGAAGACGAGGAGGGCGAAGGGACCGAAGAAUGACAUCUUUGCGGAGCAGUUCAAGUUCUGCGACAAGAUCGUCAAGGAACUACAUAAGAAGAGUUAUUACACCAUCGCCAGCCCUUUUUACGAGCCAGUCGACUGGCUCAAGCUGGACAUUCCCCAGUAUCCGAAGGUCAUAAAGAAGCCAAUGGAUCUGUCGACUAUCAGACGGAAGCUACAGGAAGGCGAAUAUAAUACUCCUGAAAAGUUCCGUGAAGACUUCAAGCUGAUGAUAAGGAACUCGAUGACCUUCAAUCCCCCGAAAAACCCAGUACAUGAGGCAGGCAGAGAGCUCGAUCGUCUCUUUGACGAGAAGUGGAGAGAACUUCCGCCGCUACGGUCGCAUGCCGUUAGUGACGAGGAGGACGAGGAGGAGGAUCUCGACAGUGAGGAUGAGCGUCAACGUAUGAUUGUUAGCAUGGAAAAUCAAAUUCUGAACAUGAAGAGCAAUCUCGACUCGUUGAAGAGGAAAGCCGCGAAGCCGGAGAAGAAGGAGAAGAGGAAAGAAAAGAAGCCAGCUGUGCCCGUGGCGAGUACGUCCAAAUCCACGACAAAGCAGCCCAAGACGGCGGCGAAUGGACGGAAAAAAGCCAAAAAGUCAACAAAUGAUGAUGAUGUGUUGUCCUUUGAUCAGAAGAAGGACUUGAGCGACACUAUCGGAAAGUUGGACGGCGCGAAGCUGGAGAGGGUCAUUCAGAUCAUUCAUGAAGGAGUACCUGAGAUUCGAGAUAGUACGGAGGAGAUUGAGCUGGAGAUCGAUCAGCUUCCUGCGACUGUUCUUCUCAAGCUCUAUAAUUUCGUUAUCCGGCCAUUGCGAACAAGCGCCACAAAGCGUGCCCGUUCUGGUAAGGGGACAGGCACGGGCGGUCUGAAGCGCAAGAGCAUGGACGAAGACGUUGAGGCGGCGAAGAUCCGAGCUCUAGAGGAGCGCAUCAAGCUCUUUGAUCAGAACGAUCACUCCCCAGGCCGAGCGAGCGAUGCAGCACCUGUCGAGUACAGUGAGCAUUCCUCGGCGGAAUCCAGCUCGGAGAGUUCAGCGAGCGACUCGGAGUGA